AUGUCCUGGUUCGCCCGUAUCGUGCGUAGGGUCCGUCGCACGAGGCGCGUCGAAGAGAAUAAUCGCAUAAGUAGCAUUGAGGGUCAGCCAACUGCUCAGAAAAAUAGCGACAAUGCUACGUUCGAGCCACUGCUAGGAGUCUCUGAAGAUACCAGGACCAAGCAAAGCGAAAAUUCGAUCCAGCAGCCCGGUUUCGCUGCUGCGAUGAGCUCCACAGCUGACCGCUUUCUUGUUGAGCUGGGGAUAAUUGAGUGGGAGCCGUUUGUUCAGAAGCCGGACGAUGGUCGAGAUGCUACAUACUAUUUCUUUGCCGCGCUCCGGAGGAUCGAGUGGCUUGAUGAGUCCGAGCUUGGGGGGGACUGCAUCAUCUGUUGCAACUAUACACGGAGAUCCAAAAUCAUACGCCCCUGCAAAAUCUGUGCCGACAUACAUUGCCGCAACUGCGUUCGUGAGUGGGCAUUGCGCGCCUGCAGUAAUGAGGCCGAAAUGCCUCCGAAAUGCUGUGGGCCGAUCAAUAUGGGUGCUAUCAGGAGAGUGCUCAGACCAGAGGAGUUGCGGCUGUAUAUGGAAAAAGAGGAGGAGGCCAGGACUGCAAACAGGGCUUACUGCCCUGUUCCAACCUGUUCCGCAUUCAUCCCUUACAGGCUCUUUCCACCCACAGCUCGACCGCUUGACAAUUACCCGAUUUACGACGAACAAAUAGUUCUAAACGAAUCUACACCGAAGGUUGAAUCAACCAAGGAACCCCCUCCCGAUGCAGAUCAAGCGACAGAACAACCGGUUCCUGAACAAUAUGAACCCCCGUCCAUCGCAUGCCCCAAGUGCACGGUCCAAGUCUGCUGUACGUGCAAACAGCUCAAGCACCCCGGCAGUCCAUGUGCCACAGAUGAGCUCGACCCCGAAAUCGAGGCCGUCCUGACAAAACUCAAGAUAAAGCGAUGCCCCAAGUGUCGGAUGGGUGUGCGCAGGAUGUUCGGCUGCAACACUAUGGGCUGUCGAUGCGGAUUCACCUUCUGUUGGGAGUGCCUGAGGUCGACCAAAAUGUGCAGACAGGAGGGUUGUACUGACGAUGACGACGAAGACGACGACGAGGACGAUGAUGAUGAGAAUAUCGGGGGCGAGAACGAGGGCAACGACACGGACGAUCUUGACUCUGAGUGGGAGGAUGAUGGGGAUCAUGAUUUUGGCGAGGAGCCCGGCAGUAUAUGGAACUCGUGGAAAUGCCCGCAUUGGUGGCACAGCGACUUGCCCGCGCGCAAUCAAGAUCUCGGUUACGAUAUGAAUUGUGAGGCGUGCGGAAAGGUGAUCUGUGAUCGAGAGGAUACAGAAACUGAGACAGGAGGGAAAGGCAAAAAGGACCUAUUUCAUUGCAGCUUUUGCAGCAUUGUGGUUUGCAGAGAGUGUCAUGGAAAGCUGAAUUUUCAGAGUCGGUAG